UCUUCUUGUGUUCACGAUCUGGAUGGGAGAAUCCUGUGGUGAUGUUAGAUAUAGUGCCUCAGGCAUUCACACCGACGCCAAGACCCAAAAACUUUAGGCGCGAUUUCUACAAGUCCAGAGCGAGUGUUGCUACAAUCAGCCCCGAAUGUGCUUUACUGUCAAGCCUCACACAUUCUAGGUUCAAAUCCUUUCUUUGUCAGGCAAGGCCGCGAGCCUGUGGACUACAUAUCCUUCUUUUGCCAUCCAUCUCAGAUAUCUUGUUGACCUCCGUCGCCUUUCGGACAUUCGAUACGUCCGACAUCUUUCACGAUGAACUUCCAAAUCAUGAACAGGCUGUCGGCAGCGCUGCCUUCAGUCUGCCAGAGAUGUCAGAUCCGCCUGACACCUUCGCAGCUACUGCGUCCAUUUUCCUCCUCGCGACAUAUCAAUGCUCAGCCUAACACAACAUCGAGAGACAAGGGACAGGCGUUGGAGAAGCAGAUUCUAGAUACCGGAAACAGUCAGCCGUCGGAAGCCAACUCGCCACUGUCGAAGAUUACACAAUUGAUGCAAGGAGAGAAGAGCGGCACGAGUCAGCCCGUGAGCCGUGAUUACUUCCGCAUGGCAGAGAGUUUGGAGGCAGAGAUGAUCAAGCAUCCUUAUGCCGACAGAGCUCCGCCGCACCACCUCCAUAUCUACGCCCACAAGCACAACACGAUUCUGACUCUCACGAGACCGAAUGGAAACCCGCUGCUGUCGCUUGGUUGCGGUAACCUCGGGUUCCGCAAAGCCGGUCGAUCGGGUUACGACCCGGCAUACCAGCUGGCAUCACACGUCUUCGGACAAAUCCAGGAGCGAGGUCUGCUUCUCGACAUCAAGCGCCUAGAACUCGUCUAUCGUGGGUUCGGCCCUGGACGUGAAGCCUUUACCAAGGUCCUGCUCGGUAAUGAGGGCAGAUACAUUCGAGGCUUGGUUAGCCGCGUUACGGAUUCCACCAGAAUCAAGUUUGGUGGUACCAGGAGCAGGAAAGUUCGCAGACUGGGUUAAUCUAGAUGUCUAUUCAUUGUCGUCAUGGACAAGACGAGCCAUAUCGAUGGCGGUGGGCGACUCGGUUCUAUCAUCACUUUGUCAUGCGGGUUAUAGAUGCCUUACCAACACGGAAGAAAACGGUGGAGUUAUGUGCAACGUUCUUCUGGAGUAAUUGUCCGCCUCUCUGGGCAGGGAACCGCGAGAGAACGGGAUUUGAUUUAGCAUGUUCCUUUUCUUUUCUUGAUCUGUACAGUAUGCAUGUAGUAUAAAAGACCGGCUUGCGGACGGUGGAAUGCCAGCUCUAUCCCAACUACAAAAUCCCCAUUUCAUUUUUACUAGAUCCAAAUGCUGAAG